UUCAAUACUUUGUUAAACUUACCGAAAACAAAAUGAGUUUCAGAAACUAUAAAGAAAAAAUUGACGAGGGGGACACUGUUAUAUUGUACAUAAGCAAUAAUGUGUACGCUAUAGAAGUGAAACCUGAAAUAAAAAAUAAGAAAGGUGAUAUGAUAGAAAAUGUUUAUCAAACACCUUAUGGAGCUCUGAAGGUUAGAAGUCUGAUAGGAACUGACUACGGGAGCCGGGUGGAUUUACCCAAAGGCUGGGCUCAUGUACUACAACCAAACCCCGAGCUAUGGUCUUUGACACUACCGCACCGGACCCAAAUUAUCUACACACCGGACAUCAGUAUGAUAUUAAUGCAACUAGACUUGGUACCCGGUAGUGUUGUUGUUGAAGCAGGUACCGGUAGUGGAUCUCUAACCCAUGCUCUAAUACGACGCGUACGCCCGCACGGCCAUGUCUACACGUUCGAUUUCCACGAACACAGGACUAAUGUAGCCAGAGACGAGUUCAAAGAGCAUGGCCUGGAAGAUUUUGUUACUAUACAACAUAGAGACGUGUUAGCCGAUGGUUUUGGAGCGGAACUGAACGGGAAAGUGGACGCCGUAUUUCUGGAUUUACCGCGACCAUGGGACGGGAUUUCUCACGCCAUUUCUGCUCUGAAAGAACAAGGUGGUCGCUUCUGUUCCUUCUCGCCGUGUAUAGAGCAAGUCCAGCGCACUUGCUUAACGCUCCAGGAGCUCGGCUUCCAGGAUAUCGUCACUAUGGAGGUGCUUCAAAGCGAGCUCAAAGUUAGCAAGAGGAAUGUGGCUGUUAGGGAUUUAUCCUUCCUGAGACAUAAGAGUUCGGAAAGUCCAGUGGAAGAGAAGCCGAACAGUGAGAAGAGUUAUACAGUGGCCACGUGGCCGACCAGUACAACCGGACACACCGGCUACCUCACAGUGGCCACACUACCGCCCACAUUUAUCAGAAAAAAAUCGUCACCAAACAAUGUUGAGAUCAAGAAAGAUUUAACAAGCAGUGAACCCAUGACUGUUGACACGACAUCCUCGUGAUAU